AUGCAACAGACGUUAUUUACUAUUUAUCGCUAUACAGCCAACCGAAAGAAGAAUCUACAUCAUCAAGAUAUACUUCAACAAUUCAUGAGUGAGCAACAUAUCUUUAUCAAUACAUCGAAUACUCUACUAGUUCAUUUACCCUCUCCACAUCAUCAUCAUCAUCAUUAUAAAUUAAAGAGUAAAAAGACUCCAAUCAAAGACAUACAACAGCCACUUUCGAUAUCAAAGAUACCAUUUGAUGUUGCCCUCGAUAAUGUGCUGUUUAUAUCCACUCUCGAAGGCUGUUGGACACGGACAAUGCCGUCACCUGUUCAAAUGAAAAGACAGGUUAGUUUAACGCACACGCCAAAUCAUGUACCCAUGAUUGUCCCGAGAAGACACUCAUAUCCUGAACAUGACUUACCAUCUCGACAUAAUCAACAACAACAACAACCUAUCAUUGAUAGUCGGCGCACUUCUUUUCAAUCUGAAGAUUCAUCUACGGAAUUGGUCCGAAGAUUUAGUUCCGAGAGUACUCAAAGUACGCUAGCAUCGAGUGUUUCGUCUGUAGAGUCGGAAAAACCAUGUGAGCAUGUCAAAAAGAGUAUAAUCGAGCAUAGUAAUCAUGACGAUGUAGAUAUUCCUGUAUGGGCAGAUCCCAUCAAGGUAAAAGAGAAUCCAACUCGAUAUGAGCAUGCUGUAUCCCAAUUGAACGAAAUGCACAUCCCGUUUGAUUCGGCCUUACCGCUAGCUGUACCCUGCACGUUUUACUUUACAGACAAUAGUAGUAAACAAGCAGAUAGUUAUCUUGAAUCUGUUAAGCCCUUAUUUGAUUGUGACACGGUUUGGAACUUUGUUUGUCGCUGGCGUCUUUAUAAGGAAACAUGUCAAAAGAAACCAUCCCAAUUAGCACCCAACCAAAACAUAUUCUGCUUUGUGCAAGGCGUCAAGCCUAUGUGGGAAGAUCCAAUCAAUAAAAAGGGUGGUCGAUUGAACGUCCAGGUCAAUCUUAAGCUGCUGGACGAGGUAUUUGAAUCGAUUCUCUUUGCACUCGUCGGCGCUGGAUUGAUCAUGCUUGGUACCGUCGGCGUCGCUGUCUCCAAACGGUACCGUGGUGAUCGAAUCGAGCUGUGGCUAGACGAAUCUGUGACGGAAGAUAAGAUACCCGAGUUAAAAAAUACAUUAAAAACGCUUUUACCUGUCUCAUGUCAUGGUGAAAUUGACUCUAGUCGUUAUAAAAAACAUUUUAUGUAG